AUCAAAACAAUGGCCGACUUGCAAGCUAGCAUUUUACCUCUUAUGAUAUUUUUAACUGUUUAACAAUAGACUUUCCCUGACUCUGUUUACGAAACUCUUACUGAGAUGGAUAGAUGAUUAAAUAAGUGUAUUAAGAAAGAAACAAACCUGCUUCCAGGACCCUCUUCUCGGUGACAAAAUGAGCGAUGUUGUGGAGAAAACCCUGACAGCUCUGCCGGGUCUGCUGUCUCUAGACUCCCUGCCUGGAUCCAAUAAACUGUCCUCCAGCUCGAAGCUAGGAAACCUCAUCAGAGGGAUCACCGAGCUGACCUCCAAACAUGAGGAGGAAAAACUGAUUCAACGUGAGCUAACAUCCAUCAAAGAACAAGUUUCCUCCCCCAACACAUCCAUGAGGCAGAUGAAGGAGCUCAUGGUGAGAGCGAUCUACUGUGAAAUGCUCGGCUAUGAGGCUUCGUUCAGCUAUAUUCAUGCCAUCAAACUGGCUCAACAAGGCACUGCUCUGGAGAAAAGAGUCGGUUAUCUCGCUGUGUCUUUGUUUCUGAAUGAAAGCCAUGAGCUGCUUCUUCUUCUUGUGAACACUGUAUUAAAGGAUCUUCAGAGCACAAACCUCAUUGAAGUGUGCAUGGCUCUAACUGUUGUCAGCCAGAUGUUUCCCAAAGAUAUGAUUCCUGCAAUCCUUCCUCUGGUGGAGGAGAAACUAAAUCACCCAAAGGAAAUCAUUCGAAGAAAAGCAGUCCUGGCACUGUAUAAAUUCUACUUAAUAGCACCGAAUCAAGUUCAACACAUCCACAACAAGUUUCGCAAAGCUCUGUGUGACAAGGAUCCCGGCGUCAUGACGGCUUCACUACACAUCUACUUACAGCUGAUCGAGGAGAAUCCAGAAGGUUAUAAGGACCUGACGACAAGUUUUGUCACCAUACUGAAGCAAGUGGUGGGAGGAAAACUGCCCAUGGAUUUUAACUAUCACAGUGUUCCUGCUCCAUGGCUGCAAAUUCAGCUCCUCAGAAUACUGUGCUUACUUGGGAAGAAUGACCAGAGUACAAGUGAGAUCAUGUAUGAAGUCCUCGACGAGUCUUUGCGAAGAGCAGAGAUUAAUCAUAACAUCACCUAUGCAAUAUUAUUUGAGUGUGUAAAAUGUAUUUACACAAUUCAUCCCAAAUCGGAACUUUUGGAAAAAGCUGCAAAGUGCAUUGGCAACUUUGUUCUGUCACCGAAGAUUAAUCUCAAAUAUCUCGGCUUGAAGGCCCUCACCUACGUGGUCCAGCAGGAUCCCAAACUGGCCCUGCAGCAUCAGAUGACCAUCAUCGAGUGUCUCGAUCACCCCGACCUCAUCAUCAAGCGUGAGACUCUGGAGUUACUCUUUCGGAUCACCAACGCCCAGAAUGUCACAGUCAUCGUGGAUAAGAUGCUGGAGUUUCUGCGCAUCAACAAAGACGACUACACCACCAUUGACCUGGUGGGGAAGGUGGCAGAACUGGCGGAAAAAUAUGCACCGGACAAUGAGUGGUUCAUUGAGACCAUGAGCACGGUGUUUUCAGUGGGAGGAGACACGAUGCAGCCGGACAUCCCCAACAGUUUCCUGAAACUGCUGUCUGAGGGGUUUGACAGCGUGGAGGAAGACAGGAAGUUGAGGCUGUUUGCUGUGGAUUCGUAUGUUUCUCUGCUGCAAGGAGAGCCUGGCAAACUGCCUCAGCGCUUCCUCCAAGUCAUCAGCUGGGUCCUUGGGGAAUACUCCUGUUUGAGAGCGGACCUUGAAAUGGACACAGUCCUGAGGCUGCUGGCCAAGCUGUUGGACAUGAAGACCACCAGCAGUGAGACUAAGAGCUGGGUCCUCAUGGCCAUGACUAAGCUCUGUGAGGGGGGGGCCGGUGUCUCUGUGGCCCGGGGGGUCUCUGAGACAUACAGCAGCUCUCUGGACACGGUGCUGAGGCAGAGGGCCCAGGAGCUGCAGCACCUCAGCCAGGACCCGGAGCUACGAGCCCAGGUGUUACCCCGACACACCGGCCUGGAGCCCCUGGAGGUGGAUUCCUCUCUUUCAUUUCUGGAUGGGUUUGUGUCAGAGGCGUUGGCUGCUGGCGCUGCUCCAUACAAGCCUCCGCACCAACGGCAGGAGGAACUAGCUCAGGCCAAAGCGCUGAGCCUGGAGCCAUACGGCCUGUCCCUGCCCCUCAGCAUGUCCUCCUGCAGCAUCACAGACAGACAGUCUCCCACGCUGCUGUCCAUCAGCUCCGGGCUGUCGGGCAAUAGCAAUGACCUCUCUCACAAAGGAGGCUCCUCUAGUCUGAAGCUGGAUGGUGUGAAGCGGGUGUGGGGGAGGGAGGGCUACCUGGCGCAGAGGGAACCUGCGGAGGUGUCAGCCCACGUGGAGGUCCCCAGUACCCUCCGGUCCCCCAGCCAGCAGGGAGGGGCUGACGGGUCACACAGCCAGACCCCCACUCACACCCCCACCCCCGAGCCCGAGCUAGAGAAACAGCAGCUGGCCUCGUCGCUGUUUGUGGGCCUCGGCUCCCACAGCUCUGUGUGUUUGAUGGGGAAAUCUGAGCCGACACCCCAGCGCUUCAGAAGAAAAGCCAGAAGUCCCGCCUCAUCCUCUGGUGCCAGCGAGAACAUAUCCAACUCCCUGGUCUCUCCUCCGAUCACAGUGGAUACCCUGAUGUGUAACAACCUCCUGGACUCCCACAUCACCUCCGAGCCGGACGUUUCUCCUCUGGAACAGACGCCCCCCCUCUCUCAGGGCCUCGCUGCUGCUAACGGCUCCUGUGAUGAAGAGCUGCCUGACAGUGACGUGAAGGGAAGCAGCCCCUCUCUCAUUGGGGAUGACGCUCUGGUUGCAGCUGAUCCGGCUCCACAUGAAGAGCCACCUAAAGACUUGUUGCUCAGUUCUUAUCUUCCUGCAGAACUCUCUGGACUCUCUCACUCAGAAAUCACUCCUCUGAGCUCCGACCAAAGCCUGGAUCUCUCCGCCUGUCACGUGCAGAAAGAGGGUGAUUUAGUGCUGGUGGUUUUUAUCUACAACUCCUCUGACUCUGACAUCCAACAGAUUCUACUGGAGCUGGACUCGGAUGAACUUGAGGUGUCCUGUGAGUGUGACGGUGCAGUGGGGGGGGCGAGGGGCCACAGUGUAGCAGUGUGUCAGUACUCCCUGUCUGUGAAGAGACCUUCAGUCCACGUUGAACUGGUCGGGACGGUUUCUUACCAGUUUCCUGUCGGGACGCCUCAGUCGGUGCAGUUCUCGUACAAACUGCCUCUCUCCAGCUUCAUCAGACCAUUGACCCUGUCCACAGAGGAGUACGGGACGAUGUGGCUAGACUUCUCUCACGACACAAAGCAGAACCUGACGCUGAUCAGUGACGACCCUGAACCUCUCGCAGCUUCUCUGAGUGUGCUGAAGAAGAAACUCCAGCUUCAUGUCGUGGAAAUCAUAGGCAUGGAGGGCAUUGUAGCUUGCCGUCUCCUGCAGGAUCAGCCGUGUUUGAUGCACUGUCGCCUGCACGCCGGGACUCUGGCCGUGUGGCUGCGCUCUCCGGUCCCCGACCUGCCCGACUGCCUGAUGUACUUCUGUCAGAGAGCCUUACAGGAGCACUGACCCCCCCCCCCCCCCCGCAUCCCCAAACACUGACACUGCUGAGCAACACAAUCACCUGACCCUAAACACUGAAGAGGAAGGUAGACAACAUUUCAUCUUUAUAUGACAGUGUUAACCAUAUGUUUAUCUCUUCCACUACAACUACGACGUUUUGUCCAUGAAGCAUUCAUUUGUAAUCGUUGAACUGGUGUAAUUAUUUACAGAAUUUGAAAGGCAUGGCUGGUAAUAAUAACCUCAGGGCCAAGAGAUUAUGUUUUUAAGCUACUUAGGGUGUUUGAUGUUGAAGAAUAACAAUAAUGUCUUAAGAUGUUUGACAGGGCUACAUGAUGACUUGAAUACUUCUAUGGUUGAAACACUGUUAGGGAGGAAAUAAGUAUCAUUUUCUUGGUAUGAAGGGAAAAUCAUGAAUCUCUACAGUACGUGUUGUGCUGCUGGUCUGCAUGCUAAAUACUCAAAUAUCAUGUCCUGCUUUCUGAUUGGUAAAAUGAUUGAUAUACAAUCUGCUUUAUUUUCUAGGCUAGAACGAUCAUAACAGUGAUUUGUAAUCAGUGAAAAGACGUACAGGCGAUACCGAGUGAAGCACUGAGACACAAGGACACAUGCAUUGGGUUGCUUGAUGUUAUUUAUAAGGUGUCUUGAGGAGAAGCACAGGAAGGAUCUUUUAGCAGUACCAAAUGAAAUGUAUGUAUUUUUCCUGGUUAGGAAUCAAACCAUGAUAGGAACAUUUUAAGCACUCUAACUGCUCAUCCUUAUGGCUGAAGUUUAAACACAAGGAAAAUGUUUACAUCCCUGUUUGUCGCUAUGUCUUAAGGACUGCAUCAUGCUGACACUGAAUGCAGCCGUUACACGUAUUUCUUACAUUUAUGAAGAGAGUGUGUUGUCUUAAAAAUAGCAAUGAUCAUUUAACUCUUCGAUGUCCAUAUUGUGCGUUAAUGUGAGGAGCGUUUCAGUUUUCCCUCAUGUUUUGCAGACGCUGCCUUCUUCGUGAUAUGGUGAUCUAUGCAUUCAUGUUUCUGUGGGUUUCGCUGAAAGGUGGAUUUUUAGUGGUCUUUGAUUAUUAUAUUUUUGUAUCAAUGCAGUAUUCAAAACGUAUUUAUUGGAUUUAUAUUCUUACAGAAAAUAUUUUAUAAUAAUUUCUCUGAAAGAAAAAAGUCAUAGUGCUCCUUCAUUUGAUCGUGCUGUGAGAGAUUUGACUUGUCUCAGCCUGUUUUAUUUGAUUCAACCUGAAGUGAAGUUCUUUGUCGCCUGUGUCCUGACUGCAGGCACGGCAUGAAGUUAACGAUGUGUGUGAAACUCAACUCUAACCCAACGCCUUAUGAUCUAAUGCCAGGAGGCGUGUUUGAUUUGUGCCUGUGGUACAGAGGAAAUCAAUGUUGUGCCUGUCACUGCAUUCUGCUAACUUAUGAAUAAAUACACAUGUAAAUAAA